UUCUUUCAAAGGGUUAAUGGAGAAAGCUGUCUUUUAUGCUGAGUAUCAGAGUAUAAAUUACAGUGGUCAUUCAGUUCAAGGAGCUAUAUUGUUUGCAGAGAUACUAUCAUGCAUGAAAAGAACAUUAGCAAGAAUGCUAAUAAUUAUUGUAAGCCUUGGAUUUGGAAUUGUCAAGCCACGUCUUGGUCCUUUGUUGCAUCGAAUUAUUGGUGUUGGUGCAUUAUAUUUCUGUCUAGGCACAAUAGAAGGUUGUUUACGAGUAUUAAAGCCCAAAACUGAUCCUGGCAACCAGGCUUUAAUGGCAGGGAUACCUCUUGCUGUAACUGAUAGUGCCAUCUGUUGGUGGAUAUUUAGUAGUCUGGUUCAGACUAUUAGAACUUUACGAUUAAGAAGAAACAUUGUGAAACUGCAGUUAUAUAGGCAUUUUACAAAUACUCUUUUGCUCUCUGUUAUAGGAUCUGUUGCUUUUAUGACCUGGUCCAUUCAUGCACAUAAGUUAGUGAACUGUAUUACUGAUUGGAAAGAAUUAUGGGUUGAUGAGGCAUAUUGGCAUUUUCUGUUUUCUACUAUUCUUUUUGUAAUAAUGAUACUCUGGCGACCAACAAAUAAUAAUCAAAGGUAUGCAUUUACUCCUUUACUGGAUGCUAUGGAGGAUGAUGAGGAGGAGGAAGAUGGUCCUAUGACAAAUGAUGCAUAUGCUGGUAUGAAAAUGAGGACAAAAAAUAACUCAAGUGCUUCUCCUAAGCAAGAUGAUUCAAAAUCCAAGCAGGAUGAAGAUUUAAAAUGGGUGGAAGAAAAUAUUCCUACAUCUUUAUCAGAUGUAGCCUUACCUAGUCUUUUGGAUUCCGAUGAGGAGAUAAUGACAACAAAAUUUGAAAGAAGCAAGAUGGAGUAAUGCCUUAUAUUUGCAUUUCCAGUAAAUGGAAUGAGGAACUAAAUAUUAAUAUUUGUGAUUGUACUACUGAAUGAAAGUUUUUUUUAUUUGAAAAUGUACUUUGUAAAUAUUCUUGUUAAAUUAUUGCUCUGUAUUAAAAUUAUGCUUAUGGCAAA